AUGCAACUACGCCAAACAUUCAGCAUUCAUUUACCAGUCGAAUUAUACCAAGAACUACUAAAAAAAGUCGAAAAAGAAAACAUUCGUGAACUCCAAGGCCGACACCCUGGACUAGUGAUCUCAAAUGACGAGCAAAACAAAUUCAGUCCGUUAAUUACAAUUAUACCUUUAACCAGCCAAGUAGACAAGAUUUACCCUUUUCAAGUAGAAAGUAAAUUAAAAGGCCGUGGUGGUGUAAUUCUCGUCGACCAAAUUAGAACCAUUGACCGAAAAAGGCUUGACGAUAAAUUAGGAGAAUUAGACCUAGAAAUGAUGGAGAAAGCCGAGACGAUACAGGUCGAGGUGAAAGCAUACUCGUCUUUUAACCCAGUAAAGAUGGAUAUUGCUGAGUUAGAGAGAGAAACGGAAUUUGAAAAAG